GGGCGUGUGUGUUGCUGUGAAGAGGAGUCACUCAUGUUCUGGGGCGGUGUUGAUGCUGCUGCAGUAGGAGUGUUCCACACUCAGGGCUGGAGAUGAGCGGCUCAGCGGCUGCAGAGCAGCGGCGGGGACGGUGCGAGCGUUAUAGGAAGUUCAGCAGCGCACUGUUUGAGUUUAUGUGCGUUUGAAAGACGCUGUGAAUUUACUCUGCUAGGAUGCCGCAGAGGGUGUUUGCUUUGCCGAGGCAGGAAUCACUGUUCCCCCCGGCGGUGCUUAAUCCCUUCGUGCAAGAAGUUCAGUUGACAACUGCGGAUAAAAUCAGACUCCUCUUGGUUGGGUCAGUACUGGUUCCUCUGCGAGUGCUGUGCCUUACUGUUCUCCUUGUGCUGUCCUGGCCCUUGGCAGCCAUUGCCACUCUGUGCGGUCCCACCAAAGGAACCAGCCAGCCCAUUAAAGGGUGGAGAAGGUGUCUGGGGCAUGCUGUGGUGAGCUGCGCCGGUCGAGCCUUCUUCUUCUUCAUGGGCUUCAGAGUGACAGUGAAGGGGAAGAGGGUGAGCAGUAAAGAAGCCCCCAUCCUCGCUGUGGCCCCUCAUUCCAGCUUCUUCGAUGGGAUCGUGUGUGUUAUUGCUGGGCUUCCCUCAACCGUGUCUCGUUCAGAAAAUUUAGCCACUCCCGUUUUCGGCAGGUUCCUGCGCUGUCUUCAGCCUGUGUUGGUGUCUCGUCUCGAUCCUGAUUCUCGAAAGAAUACGAUUUUAGAGAUCGAGAGACGAGCCACGUCAUGUGGGGAAUGGCCUCAGGUGUUGAUUUUUCCUGAAGGGACCUGCACAAAUCGUUCUUGUCUCAUCACUUUUAAACAAGGUGCCUUUAUACCUGGAGUACCAGUGCAGCCAGUGUUGCUCAGAUAUCCAAACAGCCACGACACAGUGACCUGGACCUGGCAAGGAUACAAAGCGAGAGAAAUCUUGUUACUGACGCUGAGCCAGUUGUAUACAAACGUGGAGGUCGAGUUUCUACCUCCACACGUUCCCACUGAAGAAGAGAAGCAGGAGCCCUACUUGUUUGCACACAGAGUCAGGGACACAAUGGCCACAGCCCUGGGUGUGCCCGUUACAGAUCACACUUACGAAGACUGCCGGCUCAUGAUUUCUGCAGGAGAGCUGACCCUGCCUAUGGAAGCAGGAUUAGUGGAAUUCACCAAGAUCAGCAGGAAGCUAAACUUGAAAUUGGAUAACAUCAAGAAAGAGCUGGAGGGCUUUGCAGCAAUCGCAAGUGAAUCUAAAGGCGGACGAAUCAGGAUUGAAGAAUUUGCCAAGUUCCUUAAGCUGCCCAUUAGUCCAGCUCUGAAUGAGCUGUUCACACUGUUCGACAGGAAUGGAGAUGGCACAAUAGACUUCAGGGAAUAUGUGAUUGGUCUAACCGUCUUGUGUAGACCUGCCAACACCAAGGGCACGAUCCAGAUGUUAUUUAAGCUCUUUGAUGUGGACGAUGAUGGGAGAAUAACACAGGAGGAGUUCACCUCCCUGCUACGCUCCUCGCUGGGGGUGCCUGACCUGGACGUCACAAAGCUCUUCCAAGACAUAGACGCAGACGGCUCGGGAAAGAUUACAUACACUGAGUUUGAAGACUUUGCUCUGAAGCACCCGGAGUACAGCAAGUUAUUUACGACUUACCUCGAGCUGCAGAGGCACCACGCACUGCACUCAGGGGACACGGACCCAGCGGCAGCACAUCCCACUAAUACAGUCAGCCCUGAAGCGGAGGACAGUGCCUCGGACAAGAAGGAAGACUGACCGUGAAGUCACUGGCUCGCACUGCAGACCAUUUCCAAUAGAACACGAGAGACUUCGAUACAGUGGCUCAUUAAGGACAGUGGAGGAUAAGUCAAUAGAAAUGUGUUCUGUCGAGAUCAGGUGAUAAAUGAUGGCAGGAUCUUGACAUUUCAAACCGUUCUGUCCCGAUCACAAGAUAAAUGAUCUCAGGGUCUACACAACACUUUUAAAAAAAAUUUUUUAAAUUCCUUCAAUUAGCCGAUGCAGUUAGAUUUUUUGGGGAUAAAAAUAAUGUAAAUACAAUGCAUAUUAUUAUUAUAUGAAUGCUGUAAUGUGCAGGAUUUUUAAGUGGCCUAAGUGUUACACUUUUAAUAAGGAGUUGAAUAAAUGUUAUUUUCUUUACAAACUUUGUUUUAUAACUGUAUUUGUAGGAAUAAGACAAUUGUGUUUAACUUGUCUGUUAUUGCAGAGCAUUGCAGAAUGUUAAACUAAUUUGCUGUGGUGUUUUCCAAGAAAAGCAUUAGCAUUGCCCACAAUUAUAGUAAGUCUCUAUGAGCUGCAGUAUAUUUGAUAGUAUUCGCUGCAGGCUUAUGUCAUUUACUUCUAUCUAACAUUAUUACCAGUCAACAACAACUUGCAUUCAUCGCACAUCAAAACAUUGGAGGUAGCUGUGCAGUGUAUUGUUUUUUAUAAAUCAAUAUUUCACUUUCCUAAAGUAUAUCUAUUGUCUCUCUCCAGAAUAUUCAAGACAUGUAAGAAAUAAACCUCUUCAUCCUAAUGUUGUUUUAGUUGGCACAACUUUCUGCAGCAAAAAUAAAUAAUUGACAUACAUCAA